CCCGCCCAUUCCUUCUGCACAUCCCUCUCUUUUCCUGUCUAUUCCAAGAGCUUUCUUCAAUGGCUGACGAAGGGACUGCGAACUGCGUAGACAUCCUCUUGGCGAUCCUUCUCCCGCCACUUGGGGUUUUCCUCAAGUUCGGGUGCAAGGCUGAAUUUUGGAUCUGUUUGCUGCUGACGAUCUUGGGAUAUAUCCCUGGAAUCAUCUACGCUAUCUAUGCCAUAACCAAGUGAAAAUCUUCCUAUUGAGAAGACUCCAUUGGGUCGGUUGCUGGGUAGUGUGGAUUUGGUGAUUGUACCUGCUGUUGCUUUACAAUGGAAGAUCCUGACCGUUGAUUCUUGUUUGUGUGAGUGUGUUUGAUUUCUUUGUGAUUAUGGUUUUCUCUCUCUGUAAUUUACGUGGUUUUUUAGAACUUGUCAGUACAAAAGAAGACAAUGUAAUUUAUUAAAAAAGAAAAAAAAACGUAAGGUUUGCUUC